GAUGGGAUGGCGGUGGAGGUUGAACCUUCCCGCCAAUGCCCCGUUCCGCGUUGUCACCGCGCGACAGAUGGCAGCAGAGGGGCACUCCGACAAAAUGGCGUCCGACAUCGAAGUGCGUAUGAAGCAGUGGUGUGUGAUUGAAUUCCUGCAUGCGGAAAAAAUUGAACCCGUCGACAUUCAUCGACGGCUGCUGAACGUGUACGGAGACCAAACGGUGGAUGUGAGCACCGUGAGGCGGUGGGUGCCGCAGGGAAGGAUGAGCGACGCCGGCGCCAAGCCCAGCCCGCCGCUGGCCUCCAAAGGGGAGAAAGAUGCUGCAGAGAAGAGGGGACGGGGGCGGCCCAGGAAGAAACCGGAGGAUCCCAGCGAAGCGCCCACCCCCAAGAGACCCCGCGGCCGGCCGAAGGGCAGCAAGAACAAGGCCAGCUCCAAAGGCAGGAAAUCCUCAGUCGCACCAGGGAUGAAACCUCGAGGCCGACCCAAAAAACCGCAGGACGAGGAGGAGGUGAACAUUUCCCAGGAGUCAUCUGAGGAGGAGCAGUGACCCCUCCUGAACCGCCGCUACCUCAUCAUCACCCCCCAGGACUGAGGGAGAUGGACGGGGCGCAGCCCCCCCCCGGCAGCACCCGGCUUCCUCCUCCUCCUCCUCCUCCUCCUGCCCUGCUCCUUCCUCACCCCCCAACAACAGCAGCACUGGAACGCAGGGCUCAGCCCCACAGCCCUAUGGGGGGGGGGACCCCCACCCUGCUCCCCCCAGCACAGUGGGGCAGCCCCACUCCCCCUCGCUGCAUCCCUGCAGUGCCCGGUUCGGGGUGACCCCUUUCCCCAUCGGUUCUGGUUAAUUUUUAUUUUAUUAUUUUUAUAUAUAUAUAUAUUAUUGUGUUUCAUUUUGGUUGUUUUUUUUUUUGUUUUUUUUUUUAAUCCUUUUUUGGUUGUCCUCUCAUUCACAACUACCUCUGGAUAUUUAAGUUCCACUCUUGGCUCACGGAGCACUGCUGUGCCGGUGUGGGGCAGCCGGGCAUCCUUUGCUUGGGGUCAUCAUCAUCUUUCUCUUUUUUUGGGGGGGUUGCAUUGCUGGGGGUUGCAGCGGGGUUUGGGGGAUUCUCCCCAGUUCAGUUUGUUCAUAUAUUUUUGUUUUCUACUGUUAACUUUCAAGGUUCGGUCACUGCUGCUCCUGGGUGGGGGCAUGGGGACACUGGGGGUCCCCCUGUGCCACCCCCACGGCUGCAGUGGGGCCAGGGGGGGUUCGGUGUCGGGUUCAGGGUGCUGCCAGUGUGGGGAAAUAAGGGGGGAUUUAUUACUGUUUAUUUUUUUGUUCCACUGUUAACAACCGUCUGGUUUCCUAUUUGCAGUUACUUGAAUAAAACGUUUUAUGGAAUAAAA